AUGGUCAUUAAAACAUUCCACGUAGACGUCGAAUCCGGCAGCACGGGGGCUAGAGCAUACCUCAACCUCAUCGUGGACCUACGAAGAAGUGCUGCGGCAGGUGAUCGCGUAGUCCAUGGCCUCGGCGUCCUCCCUGCAGAAACAGCGAAUCCCGCUGACUUCAUUGACGUUGGACUAAAGACUACAACAAAUCUAAUAACAGUAAGGCUUCGGAGAGACAACCUUUACUUGAUCGGAUACCUACCUAGCUACCGGACGAGGUGGUACGAAUUUUCAGAUACCCACCUUAUCCAAGGUUCCGAAGCCCUGCCACAUGACGGCCACUACACUACACUCGAAAAAAAAGCCAAUGCAUCAAGAAGAGAUAUUGCUCUCGGCUUUGGGCCAACGGAAGGAGCCGUCAACGCACUCGCACAAAAGGGCGCCCCAAGUUCAGUGGAGAUACAUGCUCGUUCAUUGAUCAUCUUAAUCGAAGCCAUAAGCGAGGCUAUGAGAUCCACUGUUGCAUGCGAGUUCAUUAGAAGCAAGUGGGAGCUGGGCACAGCGGAAAAGCCAACGCUCAGAAUCGUAACCCUCGAGAACAGCUGGGACCCAAUUUCUAAGGCAAUCAUGGAAAAUCAUGCUGUCACCGAUCGCUCAAUUGCAGUUUACAUAAAAGAAGGCACGGAAACACCAACUCUUCAAGAUUGUGUCAAUGUUAUUGGUGUAUUGUUGCGUGGGGGGCAUUAG